AUGAAGCCCACCCAAGCCUUCAUCUGCCUCGGGCUGUUCGCCCUGCGCGGACUUGCGGCUCCAGCCCCGGUUCCCGCAGCCGGCAACCAAACCGACGGCACCCCAGCCGCGCCGUACCUCAGCCCCCGGGAGGAUUGUUGGAACGUCGACGACUGCGGUGGCGAAGUAUGCCCCUAUGACUGGACAUGCGAUAAGGGUUCCAAAUGGACCGGAGGCUUCUGCAUCUGCUCUCCAUUGUAG